AUGUCGAGCUCCUUCGAAAAGUCCGUAAAGGGCGCAACAAAGAUCAAGAAUGCUCCUCCAAAGACGAAAUACAUCGAGCAUAUUCUUGUUGCUACUCAUUCCGGCGAAGCUGGCGUCGCUGAGGUCUUUCGCGCACUCACAUACCGACUUCGCGAUUCAACAUGGACUAUCGUCUUCAAAAGUCUCAUCACGGUGCACUUAAUGAUAAGAGAGGGAUCUCCUGAUGUGACACUCGCUUUUCUCUCCACACACCGCAAUGUAUUGGCAAUAAGCAGCUUUACGGAUGCACAAAUCCAAGGACGAAAUAUUCGACAUUAUGCUCACUACCUAGCCGAGCGAGCCCGCGCAUACGAAAAGACAAAGACUGACUGGGUUCGCGCUUCCGAGACAAGACUUGAGAAGCUUUCGGUCGAGAAGGGCUUAUUACGAGAGACGGAGAUUGUGCAACACCAGCUCGAAGCCUUGUUAAAAUGCGACGUCAUGGAGAACGAGCCCGAGAACGAAAUCACUAUAACCGUUUUCAGACUCCUUGUCUUGGAUCUUUUGGCGCUAUUCCAAGUUCUUAACCAAGGACUGAUUAGUAUUCUUGGUGGUUUCUUCGAAAUGUCAAAGGUGGAUGCCGAGCGUGCUAUGGCCAUUUAUCGAAAGUUCACCAAGCAGACUGAUUACGUCGUCCAAUACCUCGGCGUAGCGCGACAGCACGAACACCACACCAGAGUCGAGGUUCCCAAGCUCAAGCACGCUCCUGUUAAUCUCGGCCGCCAGCUGGAGGAAUAUCUCCAUGAUCCCGAUUUUGAAGUACACCGUAGACAGUACCUGGCCGAGCAGGACGUCAAGAAGAUCGGUGGUGGUUCAAGUUCGAAGCAAGGAGGCCUUAGCAAAAAGAAGAGCAGCGAUUUCCCAGCGCCAGCAUCCAAUAACCCCUUUCCCAAGGUUGGGAGCUCCUCGACUGGCAACAAUGCGCCCGAAUCCAAGCCUCAAGCCAACAAGGGUCCUGAUCCAGAUCUGAUUGACUUUUUCGACUCGAUCGAACAGAACCAGACGACCAUGAACGUCAACCCUCAACAACCUCAACCGCAAGCUUUCCAGCAGCAGCCGACUGGCAUGCCAUUUCAACAAAACGGCUUUGCCGCGCAACCUACUGGUUUUGCGUCCAACAGUCCAUUCCAACAGCCGCAGCAAACCGGCGCAUUUAUGCAACCGCAGCCCCAAAUUCAACUUCAACCAGAUUUUACCGGAGCUGGCUUCGGAGGGUUUACUCCUCAGCCACAGGGAUUCCAGCCAAACUCACUAUCUCCAAUUCCCCAAGACACAAUGGCCAACUUCCCCAACGCUGCUCCUCAACUACAACAGCCUGCUCAAACUGGACCACCCCAGGGACUUCAACCUAUGCAGACAGGAAGCACCAAUCCUUUCCGUCAAUCUAUGCUCAUGGCUCAACAGUCAGGCCUGCAAUCAUCUGCUACAACACCAAAUGUUAACCGUCAGUCUACAAACCCAUUCGCCCGAUCAUCACCACAGCAGAAUACUUCUCCUUUCUCUCAAAAUUCGAACUCCGCUUUCCAAGCACCACCACAACCUCAACAACAAGCAGCUCCUCUGCAGGCCGCACCAACCGGCACCAACCCUUUCGCUCGCAACUCCAUGCUACCACCAGCAAACCAGGAGCAACGACCACAGACGGCUGGUGCUGCCCUCGCUCCUCAGGCUACUGGCACCACCAACCCCUUCCGACAAGGCGCCUUUGUCAACCACGCUACCGGCCAGGGAUGGCAAGCUAACCAGCAACCGAUCGGAGGUGGUCUCGACCAAAUCCCAACAGUGCCUGUGUUCCCGCGUCCAGCGAACCAAGUCCCGUGGCAACAAUAG